AUGGCUCCCAAGAAGGAUUCCUUCAAGGGCAAGGGUAAGGCCAAGAAGGUCGCCAACCCUCCGCCUGCCCCUCGUGCCAGCCCUGUAGAGGCUCGCCUUACUGAAGCAGAAUGCCUUGGCACCAUUGAUGCCAUGGUGGAGAAGAAGCAAGCGACGGCAGUGAAGGCUGCUGCCACUAAGGCCAGGAACAAGAAGGCCAAAGAGGAGGCUGCAGCCCGCUCCCUCACUGCUGCCCGAGGCAAGGAUGAAGCCCCCCUUGCAAGCAUCGAAGGCUACGAUGCGCGUCCCUCCCGCACCCUUCUGCCGCUGGUCCUUCUCGCUGUGGGCGCUCUCCUUCUCGCCCUGGACGCUCUGAUUCAGUUGUGGACCUGCGCUGCCGUCAUGGCUGCCUCCCCGUCAAAGAUCCUUCGCAAGAAGGCCAAGCUCAACCUCUGCCUUCGCUGCUCUAAGCAGGUGUACAAGGAUCGCCGACUUCUCGCCUGUGAGAAGAAGAACCCAAUGAGCCAUUGCGAGUACUGUGUGGAGCAACACAACAAGUGCCUCCCAAUCCCGACCUUUGCCCUCCGCCAGUUCAACCGCCUCGCUGACGCCUUCCAGUUGUAUCGCGACACUAUUCAGCGCGACGAGGAGACCUUCUCCAAGACCUUAGCCAACAACCGCACCAAGAUCCUAGCAGCUGUCCAGAAGAAGUAUACAGCCUACCCGCAGAAGGUGAACCUUGGUCUCGCCAUCCUUGAGAUCGCGUCAGAGGUCCGAAGCCUGCGCCGCACCAAUCACCUUGGCAAUGACAUCCAGAAGGCUAUUCACUGCCACCUUCCCGACGUCGCCUUGGCUGAGGAGUACAAGUCUUCCGACAGCGAGGAUGAUGUGGACCGGGAACACGUUGACGGCGAACUGGAGCCGUUGGAUCAAUGA